CAGGUAGCGGCCGCCGGCUCGAAGAGCGCUCGCGCAUGCGCAGAUCUCACGUUUUGUUCCCGGCAGCGUGAUUUUUUGACGCGCCUACCACCGGCUCAUUCAUUUUCAGUCAAGGGCUCACCGAACCCUUACUUACAACGCAGAAAGAUGAUGCAGGCACCGAUCAUUCUGCUCAAAGAGGGCACCGAGAAUUCCCAGGGGAAGCCGCAGGUAGUCAGCAACAUCAAUGCCUGUCAAGCGAUAGCCGACGCCGUUAGGACUACGCUCGGUCCGCGUGGGAUGGACAAGCUCAUUGUGGACAGUUCCGGAAAGACGACCAUUUCCAACGACGGUGCGACCAUCAUGAAGCAGCUCGACAUUGUUCACCCGGCCGCCAAGACGCUGACGGACAUCGCCAAGUCCCAAGACGCCGAAGUGGGCGACGGCACGACCACGGUUGUACUCCUGGCGAGCGAGUUCCUCAAGCAGUGCAAGCCUUACGUCGAAGAAGGCAUCCAUCCGCAGGUAAUCAUUCGCAGCUUGCGUAAAGCGGCCGAGCUGGCGGUGGCCAAGAUUCGCGAGAUCGCCGUUACCGUUCAGAAGGGUAAAGAACAGCGCGAACUGCUCGAGCGCUGCGCCAUGACGACGCUCAGCUCCAAGCUGAUCGCCGGCCAGAAGGAGUUCUUCGCUCGCAUGGUCGUAGACGCCGUCAUGCAGUUGGACGAACUGCUGCCACUCAAUAUGAUCGGCAUCAAGAAAGUGCAGGGAGGCGCGCUCGAGGACUCGAUGCUCGUUUCGGGCGUCGCCUUCAAGAAGACCUUCUCGUACGCCGGUUUCGAAAUGCAGCCCAAGAAGUACGAAAACCCGAAGAUCGCACUCCUCAACGUCGAGCUCGAACUAAAGGCCGAGCGCGACAACGCCGAAGUGCGCGUGCAGAGCGUGCGCGAGUACCAGAACGUCGUGGACGCCGAGUGGGAAGUGCUGUACGAAAAGCUGCGCAAGAUCCAUGAGAGCGGGGCGCGGGUCGUCCUCUCCAAGUUGCCCAUCGGCGAUGUGGCCACGCAGUUCUUCGCCGACAGGGACAUGUUCUGCGCGGGCCGCGUGACGGACGAAGACCUGCGGCGGACGGCUAAGGCGUGCGGAGGCGCCAUCUUGUCAACCGUGUUUGACUUGGAGGAGUCCAACCUCGGCAGCUGCGCUUUGCUAGAGGAGAUCCAGAUCGGCGGUGAACGUUACAACCUCUUCACGGGCUGCCCUCAGACGCGUACCGUCACCAUCAUCCUCCGUGGCGGCGCCGAGCAGUUCAUUGACGAAACUGAGAGAUCUCUGCACGACGCCAUCAUGAUUGUCCGCCGCGCACUAAAUGACGCCGUUGUGGCAGGGGGCGGUGCCAUUGAGAUGGAGCUGUCCAAGCAUCUGAGGGACUACUCGCGUUCUGUGGCUGGCAAGGAGCAACUUCUGGUAGCUGCCGUUGCCAAGGCGCUGGAGGUGAUUCCGAGACAGCUCUGCGACAACGCUGGCCUCGAUGCUACCACUCUGCUGAACAAGCUGCGACAGCGACACGCCGCCGGCGAAAUUUGGGCAGGCGUUGACAUCCUGCAAGGUGACGUCGUGGAUAACCUCAAGGCCUGUGUCUGGGAGCCGGCUGUUGUGAAGAUUAACGCCCUGGUAGCGGCGAACGAAGCAGCCUGCCUCGUCCUCUCGGUGGACGAGACGAUCAAAGCACCAAAGUCUGGAGGAGGCGACGACGAGGGUCGUGGAAGGCCCUUCUAAACAUUUUUUUUUUUUUGCCCUUGCCUUCUAUCAUGCCUGCCCAUAAAUAAAGUCAUGUUAAGUUAACUUUGUA